GCAGCUUCUAUAAAGUUUCAUCUUCAAAGCCCGUUGGCAGGCGUGGAAAGAUGGCUCAUGCCCGGAUCUCCAUGUACAUGCCUCCUGACAUUGACCCCACGAAAGCUGCCAUCGCUUACGGCUGUCGGGCCUUGCGCAAGCUUAAUGAGGAGCUACAAUCGGAGGAUCUCCUGACCAGGCAGAAAGCCGUGAUGGCUCUGUGUGACCUCAUGCACGACCCUGAGUAUGUCUACGAGGCCAUCAACAUAGGCUGCCUGGAGAGCCUGAAGGCCCUGUUGAAGGAUGAUGAUAACUUGGUUCGGAUAAAGACCACCGAGGUGCUGUACAUCAUGGCCACCCAUAACGUAGGCAGAGUUGGCUUCUUAAAGCACGACAUCAUCCUAGCCCUGUCAAGACUGCUGAGUGAUCACCAGACCCUCUGCCGGGAGAACUUACACCAGGCAUACAAGCACCUGGCACAGCUGCCUGAAGGAAUGCUUGGAUUACAGAUGCCUGCUACUGCACCCACUUUUUAAAAAAAAAAUGUAGAUUCGAGGGAUAGAAUUUAGGAACCAGGACUGUGUGGCAAGUGCUUUUACCUGCAGACCCAUCUCACUGGCCCUGAUGUUAUACUUUUGAGAUGUACCCACAUUGUAUCGAGGGGUCUUGUACUCUCACCCUAUUCCUUUGCCAUUUGAAUGUACUAUGACAUGUUUCCAUGUUGGCUGUUCCCACUUCCGGGCUGCAUAGGGAAUGAGUAGUGGACAUAUCUGAACAGACUUGUCUGGUACACAAGAGGGAUGCCCCCAGAGUCUGCUAGUGAAGGGGAUGCUGGUAACACGUCUCAGUUAGGACUUUUUGCUGUGAAGAGACACCAUGACCAAGGCAACUCUUAUAAAGGACAAAAUUUAAUUGGGGCUGGCUUACAGUUUUGGAGAUUCAGUCCAUUAUCAUCAUGGCAAGAGCAUGGCAGCAUCCAAGCAGGAGGAACUGAGAGUUCUGUACCUUGAUCUGAAGGCCACAGGAAAAUGUCUUCCGCAGGCAGCCAGGAGGGGGAUCUCUUCCGCACUGGGCGGAGCUUGAGCAUAGGACCUCAAAGCCCACCCCCCACACUGACUCACUUCCUCCAACAAGGCCACACCCACCCCAACAAGGCCACACCUCCUAAUGGCGCUAUUUCCCACGGGUCAAGCAUAUUCAAGCCACCACUCCUCAGAUGCAAGCUUGCUUCACCUUUGCAAGGUAUCAGAACUGCUUCCCAGCCUGCCCUGCCCCAGCCAGUGCCAUCCUGUCAGCUAACCCAAUGGUAUGGUUUGGAAGAGCACUGUUGUACGGUGUUGCCCACGGGCACAACCAGUGAGAACGAACAUCUCUCUGUUUGGUAUUACCUCAGGCGCCUCUCUGUCCAGUGCCUUUGGGGAGCUGGGCUCCACUUUGCCGACGAGUUCCUUUUCUACUCAAUGGCCAACUCGAUGAGUUCUAGAAUCACCUAGAAGAUCUGCUCUGGGUAUGCGUGUCAGGGACUAUCUUGGGUAUGAUAUUUGGGGCCGGAAGACACUGUGUGUGGCAUCAAGCCCUGGGCUGCUGGGCUGGGAAAACAUUUUGAUCUGGACACAUGUAUUGUCUACUCUCCGCUCUUGAAUGGAGUGUGAGCAUGAAUGUGGUAAUUGCCACAAGCUCCUUCUGCCGUGCCUUCCCUGUAACGGGCUACUCUAGGGUCUGUGACCAAAUAAACCUUUCCACCCUGAAA